AUGAACACUUUUACACCAGUUGAGCCAAAUGACCCUGCUGGCGAUUGUCUAUUGAAAGCCACGCUACUCGGGAGAUAUUAUCCAGCACAAGCAGACGACAUCCUCACCGAUGACGAGCUGCUAGAUCUCUUUCGCAUUAUCAAGCAGAUUUUGAAGAAGGCCCCAGACACCGAUCGCAUUGCAAAGUUACUAUUCUGCAUCACAUACGCUCUCGGCGACAAUGUCAAGUUUGCCAAGCCCGUGCAUGAAGAUCGUAUUCUUUUCCGAGAUUAUAUGAAUCACACAACUGGACCUGGCAUGGGUGUCAUACAACUGACAGCUAACAGCUCUUGUUGCCACUUUGUCAAUGGCUUUCACGAUGACCCGACACAGGCACCACCACCACCACCGCCUCAACCCCACACUGAUGCUCGCUGGCUCGAUGCAUCUGCUGCUGCCUCAGCUGAUUCACCUUUUACACGUCUUUUAUCAGUCAACUGUUUAGACAGCAACCCUCAUCCUAUACCACCACCACCACAAUCCUCAUCAUCUACCACUGAUAUUCCACAACACCAUCAACAACAACAACCAUCACAUCAUAUGCCAAGUAGUAGUAGCAGUAGCAGUAGUAGCUUCCCACCUUCUUCUACUUGUACAAGUGAUGAUGCCAUGGCUGAUAGUUUCGCUGUACGCUCAUAUACCAAUUUCCAAUCUCUUUUACAACAACAUCAUCCACCACAAACACCAUCGCAACAAGGCUUAACACCUCCACAACCCCCUACUCCACAACAACCCGAAUUUGCAGCUGCACGAUAUCCACACCUUCAAACAUUGCUUGGUGCUGCUAAUGCUAGUGGCAUCUCAAAGACGCCUGAUGAAGUCUUGAUGGAACCAAAGCAACGAGGAUUUUAUUAUCAAGAUGGACGUAUUUCUCGAGAACCAGCUUUAUUGCAACGCUACGCUGAGCAAGGUGUACUUACACAAGCAUCGCUUAUGCGCAAGAGGAAACGACAAUUACCUGAGAAUAUGAAUUAUCCUUAUGAGCUUGCCACGCUACCAGCAUCUGUCAAGAAACCAAAGAUCCCCCAUCGACAUGGCGAAUUUGAGCAGAGACGAGACGAGAUCAUCAGUCGGAUGAGAAGCAUCACAUUAUCGGAUCUGGAACAAAAAGUAGCACGCUUACCUGAUGAUUUUACAUUGGCCAUUGAGCAAGCACCUGUCAACUUUGAAGUGGAUCCUUCUCGUAAACCAGAGCAAGCCGCCGACUUGCUUGAGCCUGCUUUACGUAUUCUUACGACGCAUUCGAACAUGAAACCGCAUCUCGACAAUGGCAUGAAUCAAAAUGGCAUCUACUACAACAGCGAUUAUUUCCGACUCUAUUUGGCAUUUGUACAAUUUCAGAAAUGCUUUGCAGCUUUAUUCCCAAGUGAAGUGGUUCCCAUCCCUGAUGAUACUACGACCAAUGAAAUCAACACUGGCGAACGGGAUCGUGAUCGGGAACGCAAUACCAACAUGAAGGCCUAUCGUGGAUGGUUAGAGCCGCUAUUGACAGAAACCAAUUGGGCUGCUUUUCGACGUAAUAUCGUGGUGGGUGAACGCAUGAUGCAAUUGACCAAGGUGGUGGGUCAAGGCGUGUUAUUGAUGACCAAGGAAUUGAGUGGAUCAAAGCUGCACCUCACCUUUACCAACAAUGAAUGGGAUGAAUUCAUCAACGGUCUCAAUGCUGGCAAAUGGGAUUACACCAUCAAAUGGGAAAGUGAACCUCCCCUCGAACGAACAAGUGAGAACGAGAAUCAAUCAAAGCUGGUCAUUGAGUUACAACGCAAGUUUGCUACACGACACUGGUUUCGAUCCGAUGGCAUGCUCGUGGCACCCGAAGAACGACGCAUCUCUUUACGAAGCAGCAUUGCAAGCUCGUAUCCAAGCUCAUCCACCACCACAGUCACCCCUACCUCCUCCUCCUCAACUACAACCCCAUCAACAGCAGCAACAGAUACAGACACCACAUCAGCUGGCAAUGAUGACAAACCCACUAGUAGCCAAAACACUGAUACUUAA